CUGCCCAGAGCGGCCGCUCCUCUCGGUGGUAGCCGGAAGUGGGGCGGUCGCCGUGGCAACGCGGCUGUGUUUACCGGCGGGCGCGGGCGGCACCGGGGUGGCAGGUGUCUUGGGAAGCAAUGGCCACAGCAGCUCUUCUGAACCCAGUACCACUUUGCUGCUACUUCCCUUCAAGCACGGCGGUCUCUGUCUUUCAGCCAAACGCCGUCACCAUGCACAUGACCCGGCCGAAAUCUGCCAAGGGUCGCACGAGGUCGACCUUCAAUUACUCUGGGACCACGGCCACCUUUCCUUGUGCAGUGCCAUCAUCGCCAGCAGCUCCACAUGACUUACAGAGCAGCCGGAGAGCAUCAUCUUUGAAAACAGUUUUCCCCUCCGGCCAGAUAUCCCCAGAGGAGAUCCCUGAGCUCCUGCAGCAGGUGCCAUUACGGAGCUCAUCCUCCCUGAACAAAUACAGAGUGCUCCCCUCCAUUGGCCGAAAGGGAGUGGAAGGUGGAGCAGAGCAGAGCAGCCAUCUGGAUGCGAGCUGGGGACAGAAGGACGCUCCAAAAACUGCAGUUCCUUCUGGAGAGCAAAGGUCUGCCUGCAGGUCACCAGAAAGCCGUGUCCCUAAUGAAGAAGCCUUGUGUGCUCCUGAGAAGCCAGGAAGGAAAAUGAGGCAAGAGAGCUCUUUGUUAUCAACUCUCAGUUUGGAAGAACCGCUGCAGAAAGAGCCACGUUUGCUGCUUGCUAUUCGGUCUCCCUCCGGUCAACGAUUUGAACAUCACUUCAAGCCCACAGACAGUCUCCAGACAGUCCUUGCUAUAGCAGAACACCAAACAGCUGCCAAAUAUGAACGCUGCAGCAUUGAAACCACGGAGGUGCCCAGACGGAGCUUCCAUGACCUCAGCAGGUCCUUGCAGGAGUGUGGGAUCCCCCACAAGUCUGUGCUGUGCAUCCGGCAGGCUGAGCAGCAGGAUGCUGACCUGUGCCACUUCUGAAGGUGCCACUUCCCAGAGGGGAUCACGCGUUCGGGAAGACAGAAGCAGAACUGUUUUAUCUGUAAAACUCAGCUGGAUUGUGGUUGUAUUGGUGAGCAGUGGGAUUUUCUCCUCAGUUUUUCUUGUUUGAUGACUGUUAGUUAAGAGGAACUGGACAGUCAAGGUGGGAUGCUGCAAAAUACUUCAUUUAAUGCUUUUGUGCUGAAAUGAGUUAGUCCUCAGGCCCAGCAAGUGCUGCUGUGGGAGGUAUUUUUUUGGUUUUGAUUUUUGUUUGCUUAUAAUUCUGUAUUAAUUGGCUUUGAAAGAGGAAUUGGCUCACCUAGCAGUUUUGUUUUAUUGAACCAAUAUGGCUCUUGCAGAGUUGUUUUGUCAAAAAUCGUGAGUAGGGCAACUUAGUAUGUUUGUGCUAAAAAAAUUGGACAGCUUGCCACACAGCUGAGCUCAUUUUAUAAUAUCGUGAGGCAAAACCCAGGUUUUUCAGCUCAGCAGAAUCGCUCACAAGAGCAGUAACAGUAGAAAAUUCAUUCUGGUAUUGACCAAGAAUGUUGAAUUUAAUUCCAAAGUCAGUGUUCAAGGGUCCAGGUCUCUGCUGCAGCUGUUGGUAAGCCAGCUGUAGCAAUGCCAGCAUCUUCAGGGAGAGCACGAGACCUGGGAUGCUUUCAUCAGACCUUUCACAGCCACUCUGCUAUGAUAUUUGCAGCAGCCUCGAGAACGUGGACAGCUCAGGACCACGGAGGUGGGUGGUAGAAGAACAGAACAGCAGUGUUAGCGGGCAGGGGACCGGUCUGUGUGUGUGAUGUCACUUCUGCUGUCAGAGUAUUUUCAUACAGUGUGACGGUAAAAUCAAUAAAACCUUCUCAGUUAAAAUUUGAACUGGCAAUGAUUUCUGUUUGCUGGAGGCUCGGCAUCCUCUUCACCAAGCUGAAAGUGAAUGCUCCAGAGAUGGCCUGGAUCGGACAGCUCAGCCCUCCAACCAACCCUUGUGGUCUGCAGUGUCUCCAAAGAAGUGUAUUUUUCUACAGAAAAGUACAUCGAGUCUCCAUCUAGGCAAAUGCAGUGCAGCAAGAAGCUGCUGCCCCAGUUCUCCCCCUCUGCCCUUUGCAAACUGUUCCCUGUAUGAGCAGGAGGUGAAGCAGCACCUUGAGAUGUUCCUGAAUAGAAAAUGGAUCAGUGCUCCUGGCUGGGCUGCUCCUUACCUCCAGCUCUUCAACAACAAGAAGGCACGAAGAAACAAGCUGAGGCAUCGGUCGGUAUGUGUUCUUUAUUCCAAUUAAAAGUACAUUAGAAACAGCACACGGGCCCAGCAGCAGCUUUCAUGACAAUUCAACUCACUGCUGUCACGACGUCGUUCAGCUGUACCACGAAAGGAGGUGAUUGCAACAAGUCUUCCACUCUGCACGCAAGCACUCACUCACCUGCCACUUUAAAUAGGUUUCCAACAGAAUAAAAAUAGAUACACCCCAGAAUACAAAAGAGUUUAACAGUAUUUUUUUCUUUUUUUUUUUUUUUUUUCCCCCCCCCCCCCCCCCACUAAAGCCUUUAUACAAAUCGAUAAAGGGUGCACGGUUUCCUAAAAUUUUAGGUACAUUUUAAACGAGCCUCUUUUUGUUUUGUUUUGUUUUUUACUUGGUAAAAGGAUCCACGUUCCUGUCUUUGAACAGAAUAUGACGGCCAGAAUUGCAGAAUAAAUUCCUAGUU